AAUCAAGAAAAACACAAGAAGUUUUUAUAGGAAAAAUCCCAUAGGUGGCACCACCACAAACUACCAACAACCACCAUGGCAAGUGGUAUUAUAACCACCAUGAUAGCCUUAACCACCACUCUAUCUUUCUACUUAACUUCAUCUCCAUCAAAACCAUAUUAUCACUCCCUAUACAUAUCCCCGUCACUCUCUAACAACCAAUCAAUAUCCCACCACCUCUACACCCUCACGCGCCGCCCCCACCUCGCAGGAACCGAGGCCAACGCCGAGGCAGCAUCCUACGUCUUGUCAACACUAACCGCCAAUAACAUUAAAUCACACGUGGCGGAAUACGCUGUCUCACUCACCUACCCUGAUUCCCGUUCUCUGACACUAACUCGCCCGCCCCCCAACCCACCCACCACUUUCUCUCUCCAACAGGUCGUCUAUGACAACGACCCUUAUGCUGACGUGGCAGACCAGGUGGAACCCACGUUCCAUGCAUAUGCCAAGCCUGGUAUAGUCACCGGGCCAGUGGCAUAUGUAAACUACGGCCGUGUAGAAGACUACACGGCCAUUAAAAAAGCCGGGAUUAAUAUAACCGGCUGUAUCGUGCUAGCACGAUACGGGCAAAUAUACCGCGGGGAUAUAGUUGAAAACGCGUAUGACGCGGGUGCGAUCGGGGUGUUAAUAUAUUCCGAUCGGAAGGAUUACGGUGGGGGUGGGGGCGGUACGAAGUGGUUUCCGGACGAUAAGUGGUUGCCGCCGAGUGGUGUACAGGUGGGGUCGGUGUUUAACGGGGCGGGUGACCCGACAACACCGGGCUGGCCGAGUAGUAUGGAGGGGUGUGAGAGGUUGUCCGAGGAUGAGGUCGAACGGGCCGGUGACGUCCCGUUGAUUCCGUCGUUGCCUAUCUCCGGUGCCGACGGUGAGGAGAUUCUGAGGUGGAUUGGUGGGGUGGUGGCUGAGGAUGAGUGGCAGGGCGAUGAAGAUGCUCCGGUUUAUAGGAUCGGGCCGGGUCCAGGGGUUGUAGAACUCAGUUAUAAGGCAAAACAAGUCAUAAGUACAAUUCAGAAUGUUAUUGGGAUCAUUGAAGGAACAGAAGAACCGGACAGAUUCGUUAUCUUAGGUAAUCACCGGGAUGCUUGGACAUUUGGAGCUGUUGAUCCCAACAGCGGCACUGCUGCCCUGCUCGAGGUUGCUGAAAGAUUUGAGAAGCUGCGGAAAGAAGGUUGGAAACCGCGAAGAACGAUUAUAUUUUGCAAUUGGGAUGCAGAAGAAUAUGGACUGAUUGGAUCGACGGAAUGGGUUGAAGAAAACAGAGAAAUGUUAGCAUCGAAAGUUGUUGCGUACCUAAAUGUCGACAUUGCGGUUGCUGGAGCAGGAUUUCAAGCCUCAGCCACUCCACAACUUGAUCAGUUAAUCAUAGAAGUUACAAAACAGGUUCAAGAUCCAGACAACUCAACACAAACGGUUUACGAUUCCUGGGUAAAAACUGCCAAAUAUCCCGAGAUUGGACGGUUAGGAGGUGGAGGAUCGGAUUACGCAGCAUUCGUACAGCAUAUUGGUGUUCCUGCAACAGACAUAUCGUUCGGAGGUGGCUACCCAGUCUACCACUCGAUGUAUGACGAUUUUGUUUGGAUGAGCAAGUUUGGUGACCCAAUGUUUAGAAGACAUGUAGCGGCUGCAAGCAUUUGGGGUUUGGUAGCUCUUCAGCUAGCAGAUGAAGAAAUAUUGCCUUUUAAUUAUUCUUCAUAUGUAAAUGAGCUUAAGAAAAGUGCAGAAGAUUUGGAAACUGAAUUAUCAGAUAAGAGCAUAAGCCUUACUCCCUUGUUCAAAUCUAUAGAAAAAAUGAAAACCGCAGCCGUACGGAUACAUGAUGAAAUCAAGGAAAUAAAAGAAAGAAAAGGUUGGGCAUUCAUGUGGAAAAAUCAACCAUGGAGAGUUAGAGAACUAAAUGACAGAUUAAUGAUGGCGGAACGCGCACUUACAGACAGAGACGGGCUCCCGGGAAGACCGUGGUAUAAGCAUCUGAUUUACGCACCAUCAAAGCACAACGAUUACGGGUCAAAAUGCUUCCCGGGGAUAGAUGAUGCUGUUGAAAAUGCAAAUAAACUCGACACUAAGGAUUCGUGGGGUGCGGUACAACACGAAAUUUGGAGGGUAUCGAGAGUAAUCGCGCAGGCAUCAUUAGUUCUACAUGGUGAACUAACAUAAUGUUCAUAGAUAUAACUGGACCAUUUGAGUUUACACGUCACCUUUGUCAUAUGAAUAAUCAAAUGGAUAUUGAAAAGAUCUUCAUGAAAAAAAAACAGUAAUUGGAUGAGUUA